CGAUCCCCGAUAUAUCUGAAGCCAUAUCGUCUAUCUGAAAAGCUCAUCCUAGUGGAAACAUUACUGCUCAGCCAAUCAAAAUGCCGCAAUCCUCCAAGAGGCUGAUUUCUGACACACUGAGAUUGGGCUCACAAUCAGUCUCGCCGUCCAACACAGAAAGCCUGUAUAGCCGCGCUGCGGCCUCCGCAGUGCGGAACCGCUGUGCAGUGUGGACUUAUCGCUGUGAGAAUACUGAAAUGGGGAUCGGGGGCCGGAGGUCCGGAGGAGUCGAUUAUCCGCGAUUAGCGAGGUCGUAUACGGAGAGAUCCAGUUUUAACGAGAAAGCCUUCGAGCUGUCUAGAAAAUCCGAUACAUAUGUGCCUCUGUAUACACAUGACACCUUCCCAGAUCCCCCGUCCACUACUGUACAUGUACAUGUAAGCAUCCGGAUGAUGAUAAUAUCAUCGCCAUCCAAGCAAUACGGAGUAUUUCCCGAUUCCCCAGUGCUUUGCCUUCUGUCCUCUGUACACAAUGGAAACAACCGUCUGGGCCCGAGAACUAUCACUUGACCAACAGCGGAUACACCGCUGUCCUAAAUGGGGAAGAUUCGGUUGCUUGAAACCGGUUUAUUUGACAAGUCGUUUAACGAUAAUCUCGAACAGAAACUCAGGCGAAAGGAACCGGUUUGGUCAGCACAUGACCGACUGACAGGGGGAUCGUGAGCGUCUUCUUGACAUCCAGGAAGUCAGACGUCCAGUGCAUCGUAGUCAUCUUGCUAACAUGUUAAAUCUUCAUGAUAUGAAUCGUGUACUGUGUAGAACCAUCAUUCAAAGGCACGUCUCCACAUCCCAACUCUCAAACUCCGAUCCUC